UCAAAAUACACAUAAUAUAUCCACUCUCAUAUUCCUCCCCACGUUCUCGUUCUCUCCAUUCAACAAUCAACCAAUCCAAUUCCACCGUCCACAACCGCCACUCCGCCGUCGCACACCGGUGGCACCACCUCCAUCCACCGUACAUCCCUCACCGGAACACAACAAUGUCUCUUUCAAAACGCGUCUCCUUACCUCCACAAUCACCAUCACAACCACAACAAGAUCUCAAACACCGUGUAAUCACCUGCCUCAACAAACUCUCCGAUCGCGACACACUCUCCGUCGCCACGACGGAGCUGGAGUCCAUCGCAGUCACUCUCACUCACGACUCAUUUGCUCCGUUCCUCACCUACCUCUCCAAUACGUCGUCGUCUGACAAAUCUCCGGUACGGCGGCAAUGUGUGCGUAUCCUAGGGUUUCUAUCGGUAACUCACGGUGACGCUCUGUCACCUCACGUGACUAAAAUGCUCUCCGCCGUCGUACGCCGGUUGCGAGAUCCUGAUUCCGCCGUUAGGUCUGCGUGUGUUGGUGCCGUGACGUCAAUCGCGUCGGAAAUCACUACGCCGUCGUUUUCGUCGUUGUCGAAGCCGUUAGUUGAAGCUGUGUUGACGGAGCAGGAUCAUAACUCGCAGAUCGGAUCGGCGUUGUGUUUAUCGGCGGCGAUUGAGGCGGCACCGGAUCCUGAACCGGUGCAUUUGCAGAAGCUGUUGCCUCGGGUUUUGAAAUUGAUAAAAUCGGAUAGUUUUAAAGCGAAACCGGCGUUGUUGUCUGUUAUUGGAAGCAUUGCUGGUGCUGGUGCCUCCGGUUUGAACCGGAAUUUGUUGAAUUCAUUGGUUCAGUGUUUGGUUGAGUUUCUGAGUUGUGAAGAUUGGGCGGCGAGGAAGGCAGCUGUUGAGGCGUUGGGAAGGUUAGCAGUUACGGAGAAGGAGAACUUGACUGGUUUCAGGUCUUCUUGUAUUGCUUCUCUAGAAAAUAAGAGAUUUGAUAAGGUGAAAGUAGUUCGUGAAUCAAUGAAUCAGACAUUGGAAUUGUGGAAGGAGAUUCCAGAUGAGGUUCCUGUUUCACCUCAAUUGAAUGGCAAUUCAUCUUCUAAAGUCCCUGCUACCAUAUUGGAAACUUCACCAAAGGAAAGAAUUAGCAAGCAUUCGCCAAUUCAACGUUCAUCUCCAACUACAACACCAAGUAGAAGUCCUCCAAAAAGUAAUUACAAGAAACCGAGCGCUUCAAUUGCUAGAAAGACGGAUUUUGACCAAAAAACCGCUACACAAGUGAGCUCACCUGUACCGAAGCCUGAAUCCGAUACAUUGGAUAUUGAUAAAAGCGUCAUUUUAGAAACAGAAAAAAGAGUAACUUCUAACAAAACAAGAUUCGGUUCUCGUGUGGUUCCGUUUAUUGAUGAAUGUGAAACCGAUAGAGACAUGAAGGGCAAUCCAAUCGAAUGCGCUUACGAAAAUCAAAAAGAGGUUGAAGAUUUAUCGCGGAUUCAAAAACAGCUUGUUCAGAUUGAAAAUCAACAGUCGAAUCUCUUGAAUCUUUUACAGAAAUUUAUCGGGAGUUCACGUAGCGGAAUGAAUUCUUUGGAGACGCGAGUAAAUGGUCUAGAAAAGACACUGGACGAGAUAUCAUAUGAUUUCGCAGUAUCAACCGGGAGAGUUUCUAGACCUGAUUCUUGUUGUAUGGGUACCGAGUUUUUGAGUCCAAAAUAUUGGCGGAGGGCAGAAGGGUCAUUUCCUAGUUUAAGAUCGCCUUUUCGUGGAGGUAACCAAUCACCCAUUGACACGUGUUUGCCAAGAAGCGGGUUUGAAAAUCAAGGGAGAGGCGUUGAGACAUUAUCCAGUGCUCGGAAGAAGAAAGCCGUACAAGGGCAGAUUCGUAAUUUUGAUAGAUUUGAUGGGGGCUUUUUGGCCAAUUGCAUACAACAGAGAAUGUAAAGCCAGAUUUGUAUAAGGUGAUAGAAGAUCAGUAAAUCAUUUCUUGAUUUACCAAGAGUAUCAGCACUUUAGAGGAUCAGGUACAUACAUUUAGGUUAUGUUAUAUCACGCGUUGUCACUGAGAUAUAUUCUGUACAGAUGAGCCCUGAUUUUUUUUUUGUUUUUUUUUGUUUUAUAAAUUUCUUUCCUUCCAUAUACGCACCUUCGGCUAUUAUAUUCAUGAUUUAAAGUUUAAAGAUUUAAUGUUCACAAAUAAUUAUUCA